AUGCCCCGACUAACCGGGAGACUAAUUCUACAAGCAAGGAGAGUAACACUGCUUUUGCCACCACUACUACCUGCCAACCGUGACAUAGACAGAGCCCUUUUAGAACUCAAAUGGAUCAAGGAGGAGUUGCCUCAAGAGCAUUGGGUCUCUGCUGUAAACAAACGUUUGAAAUUUGAGCCACUCCAAUAUAUUCUAGGAAGUCAGCCGUUUGGAGAGCUCAACGUGAUAUGUCGGAAAGGUGUUUUAAUUCCCCGAUGGGAAACGGAAGAAUGGUGCAUCAAAUUGGGUUAUCUUUUGCUGGAACAAAGGCUCGACGGACUUAGAAUUUUAGAUGCGUGUACGGGUUCAGGAUGUAUUCCGCUUCUUCUAAAGCAGAAGCUCUCAUCAGCGAAUUUGAGGUCUAGCAUUUGCGGCUUUGACGUGUCCAAUGAAGCGGUUUGCUUAGCGAAAGAUAAUUUAAAAUCCAAUGCGUCACUCAACUCGAAUACUGCAAGUGAGAUUGUAUUUCAAAUCGCAGACAUUACAGAUGCAAAUGUACUAUCCUCGCUUCCUGUGUCUAAAUUCGAUUUGGUCACAGCAAAUCCGCCGUAUAUACCAUUACAUGACUAUCAAAAGUCUGUUUUACGAAACGGAAUUGAAAAAUCAGUUAGACAGUAUGAACCUGAAUUAGCAUUGAUAGGGGAUUCUGCACCCUAUGAGUACUUGUUACACAAUGUGGUGUUACCUUCGGAAGCGCGAGGGUUCAUAUUUGAGGUUGGAUACUACAAGCAGGUAGAGAUUGUGCUGAAGUUGGUAGAUGAGAACUGGGGUGUGGGGUUUAUGAGAGAUUCCGCAAACAGAAUAAGAUGCGUUGUAGGGUGGAAGAUGUAUUCUGAUUUUGAAGUAUUGGAACGUUUAUGUGAUAGAAAAGUAUAA